GUUGAAGUUUCCAGAUGGCGAUGAUAGUUUCGUCGCCGGCUGAUCGAAAAAAACCGGUCUAAUCAGAAUCCGUGUCUUAAUCGCUUGUAAAAAAGGAGAGUUGCGUUUUCGCGGUAAUUUCACUGUUUCUGGCAUCACACGGCGAAAUUUGCGACGAUACCACAUAGUCAUUCGCGGGAAGGUCUCUCAAGGUGAUUCUCGCAUCGCGGAACAUGCUGGCUCUAAAAGCGACCGUUGUUAGUUGCUCCUUUAGACGCGCUCGUGUCCUGCAGAAUUUCCUGUCGAGAGGCAGCUCAGCCGCUUUUGUCGAACCUGCGAGCAAGAUGUCGUUCGAAGACGAGAAACAAAAAUUCUUGAACAUGUCGCCGGAGGAAAAGAGGAGCUUUUACAAGGCAGAGGUGACAACUGUUGAUCAGAUUCCCACGUGGUCAGAGUACUGGGACAAAAAUAAGUCCAAUAUCAGCAAAACUGAUGAAAAGGUUGAAAAAGUUGAUGAGGCUAUUGCUAAAAAGGUAUCAAUGUGGCAAGGAGAUAUAACGUCGCUUGAAAUAGAUGCAAUUGUCAAUGCCGCUAACUCAAGUCUUUUGGGAGGUGGUGGAGUUGAUGGUGCCAUUCAUCGAGGAGCAGGGCCAAAUUUAAAAAAAGAAUGUGCAACGUUAGGUGGAUGCAGAGUCGGUGAAGCUAAAAUCACAGGAGGCUAUAAGCUGCCAGCUAAAUAUAUUAUUCACACGGUUGGUCCACAAGGUGAGAAGCCAGAAAAGUUAAAAGAGUGUUACGAGAAUAGUUUGGCUCUGGCUAAAGAAAAUCAUUUGCGUACCAUCGCAUUUCCAUGCAUAUCAACUGGAAUUUAUGGAUAUCCACAAAGACCAGCGGCCAAAGUAGCUUUAUCAACAGUUAAAAAAUUUCUUCUUGAUAAUAAAGAUACGGUGGAUAGAGUCAUCUUUUGCUUAUUUCUGGAAAGUGACAAAGAUAUAUAUGAGGAGCUAUUGCAGAAAUACUUCGCCCUUAAUUAAAUAUUUCAUGAUAAAUAUUCCUACUUUCUACGAAAAACUUUUCACAAUGUUUGGUAUAUACAUAAUCUUAUAUAUUGUAUUUGAUAGUAUACACAAGUAUAUUCAUGUAGAGUAAUAUAACAUUAGAUCUUUUAAAGUUAUUUUA